AUGCUGGCGAUUUGUAAAGGAAAAGACAACGCGGUCGCCCCGGCCGAGCGCGCGGAUAAAAAAUCGCCGAAUGUGAAGAAACCAGAGAUUCGAUCCCCGAAGAAGAGACCGAGACCGUCGCGCGACCCAGAAUGGAAGUCGAAACUCAAGGACGCGGACUUGCUUCGAUACUUGCCGAACGGCGACAGACUCGCGGACGAACACGUGUGGACCGAGGAGUUCACGAAGACGUGGAGCGACACGGCGGUCGCGGACGAUCUGUUCUUAAACAGCCGCAGGCUCGCCAAAGGCGCGGCCAUCGACACGUUCAUCUCCUACUGCUGGAGCUCCCCGACGGACGAGAAAGCCGCGCUCUUCCGGCUGCGAAAUAACACGUACGCCGCGGCGUUCGCGAUGAUAUUCACGAGCACCUUCGGAUGCCUCCUGUGGUUCCUCAUCUUCGGCGCGGGAAAGGCGGCGUACAUAUUGGGUUGGUUCACCAUCGCCGGCGCGACGGCGCUCGCGGUGACGGUGUAUCUCCGCGGAGCCAACGUCCCCGGGAUCAGGUAUGCGUACGAUCUCUUAGGGAAGACGCUCGGUCGGGAGACGUUUUGGUUGGACAGGUUCUGCGUGUAUCAGGGCGUCGGGGGAAACGCGCACGUGCUGCGUGAAAAGGGCGUGUCGCAGUUCGCGCUCGUGCUGGGACGCUCUCGGAGGGUCGCCGUGCUCUGGCACAACGAUACGACGCACACGGACUCGAAUUACAUGCGACGGGUGUGGUGCGUGUACGAGCUCGCGACGUUCAUGCGACCGCGGCUGGACUACAUCGGUUACAAGGACGAGGAUUUAGCUAGGGCGGACAAGAAGCGCGAGCAGGAGCUCAUGUUUAAACAGCGGACGUUGGCGCAGAUGAUGCAAAAUUACGAGUACUUGUCGCGGCUACCCGAUAAGCAGAAUGAAGCGAAAGAGCAAAGGCAGUUGGCUGAGAAAGUACGCACGGAGAUCGAAAAUGGCAUGGCGAAGAUACACGCCACGCUAGACGUCCAUUCCAACAGCGAGAUCGGAUGUAAGGGGUGUAAGCGAGCGCCCAUUAACGUGUACAACAUGGCGAACGUAAAACGGUUAUCCCGGUGGAUGCCCUGGUUAUUCAUCUUUUCCGGGAUAUUUUUAGCAGUGGCCAUGGCGUGGACCUUCCAAGACGGCAAGAGGGAAAAGAGAAAAGGACAUUACGGUAUUCUUCUAUUGGUCUGUUUUGUUUUCUUGUUAACCGCUUUUGUGAUUGGCAUGACCGUCCGAUUCUUCGCUUGCUGUGGUCGCGUGCUGAGGCUGGGUAAGCUGAUAGACCUCAUCUUGCGUAGGGAGCAGAAACUCUUCGACGUUCGCGAAUGCUUGGCGACGAGACCAGAGGAUAAAAAAUACGUUCUUGGGGAGAUCGCGAAGGAUUGGAACUCCGACAAAGAAGCGAACGAUGGCAUAAACGAGUUCAACGAGUUCGUGCAAAAGGCGCUUCCGAAACUGACGCUCGGCGGCGAGGACAAGUUGAAGCUUAAAAUGAUAAACGCGUUGACGAUGAACAUGGUCGGGUGCCUCGUCUUCGUCGGCGCGGUGUACGCGUUUCAUCCCUAG